CGUUAACAAACUUCACUGUGAACGUGUUGUCGGGCACGUUCAUCAGUUCAAUAAGUCUCAAAAUCAAAACAUGAAGAAAUCACGCCGUUUCAAACGUUCAACUUUGUUAAAUUUUUAACAAUCACCACCCCAAGAUGUUUCGCAAUUCCAUACUUCGUCCGCGCUCAAAACGCAGACCUUCCUUAUGUUUUGAUUUUGUGAAUCGAUAAAAAAAAAAGUAUCACGACAAAAAAAGAAUAAGUUCAGCACAACUCCUAAGAAGCAAGAACGUGAAAAGGCACGAAAGCUUAUAUUCAAACUCUAGAAUGAAAUUAGCUCAAGAGCAUCGAUACCAAUUAAAUCGUCUGUCUACAGUAGUGCACCGCAGGGGUUCGCAAUAUAAGCAGGUAGAAAUUGGUCAAGUGACACCGGUGAGCACCAAGGGAGAAUUUCUUUUUUACGAUGCACGCAACAUGUAUAGCUCUCAGCUGAUGAGGCGAAAUUUUUUUAACGGUGCAAUAAACUUUUCCAACGGCAACGACUGCGCCGCCGUCGAGACGGAGACAUGCACGAAAACUCCGGGGAAACCGGCGGAGCUGCCGAGUCGGGAGGUUUGCGCGGUGACAAGGGACGAAAGAUGACGAAAAAGAACGCGCCAGCCGCGCUCCAAACCGAGGUGACGACGGACGAGGAAUGGGCCAAGAUCCUGGAGCGAAAAGGAUUAGUCCUCGCGGAUGUCUACUCCGAGUGGAGCGGACCCUGCACCGGUAUGGUCAGCAUUCUGAAGAAGGUGAAGAUGGAAAUCGGAGGUGACAAUCUGAGCUACGCUACGGCCAGGUGCGACCACAUAGCGUCGUUAGCUCGAUUCCGGGGCAAGAGCGAACCCACGUGGAUGUUCAUCCGUGAUGGAAAAAUGGUUAAUCUAAUUUUCGGAGCAAACUGCCCUGAGCUCUUGGAUCACCUGACGAGAGAAUUGAAGAGACUCCAGACUGGCGAAACUCCAGAGUUCUCGAUGUCGGUGUCCGACACAAGUCCAAAGGAAGCCGAGAGAAUGAAAGCGAUCGAGGCAGCAAUGCAAGCCAAAGAAGCCGCUAGAAUCGCCCGAAUAGAGGCCGAAGCGAAGGAGAAAUACGAAGCGGAACUUGGACACCUCGUGAAUUCGCUGAGUCGGGAGACCUUCAUCAUCCUAUUUCCCUGGAUCUUCAAAGACGAGGAAGGAAAUAAAAGAGACAAGAAAUCUAGUCCACCAUACAUCGAGCUCGUCGAACAACUGCUGCCCGAGAACUUCACGAUCGAGCAAGAAUUGAAGAAGCAGUUGGACGCCGAUAUCCUCGCGGAAAUGCAGAAAGAGUGCGAGUACGUUCUGAGCGAAGAGACCAAACGCCUUCUGACCGAAGGCAAGUGUCUCUGCUUACGGCUGAAGGUCGUGGAUAAGAUUCCCGAAGCUGACAUCGACAACCUACUCUUCAACAUACUGUUCGGAGAGCCUCGAGUACCCGAGACACCUGAAGCUCUGCUGGAGGGCUGCUUCGUGCAAAGGAACUUGCCUCCGCUGCGAGAAUUCAUCAAAGACACCGUGAGCAUAGCGUCUUCUCCGGAGAUGCUGCUGUGCCUCACGACAGUCUGGGUACCACUGAACUCCAGGAACAAGGCUAUGACCUUCCGUGUCAUAUUCGCGAAAUAUGUCGAGACUACCUACCCGUACGAGGAUUUGGAUAGCAACGUUCCCACGAUAAUGUUCAAGUACGACAGUACGAGGAGGAAGGAGCUGCAGGUGGUUCUGGAAAUGUACAGCAACGAAGUGGUUCAUUUCGGAGUCUUCGAGAGGGAUCGACUACCCGACGCCAAGUUGAUAGCCUCGAGUAUAGAAGAAUUCGAAAACGAAGUCAAAGAAAAAUCCAGCUACGAGGUAUUCGUCUGCGUCGUCAAGAAAGUCGGCUCCGAGGCAUUCCUAUCGUUCGCGGGCAUAGGCCCGUACCACGUGAGCGAGAGUCCGGAGAAGGCCAUCGAGGAGGCUAAGCAGUACUUCCCGCGCAAGUCGACUACGGUAGAGGAGACCCAAUCGGACGAGGAGGACAAGGUCGUAGAGGAGACGAUGGCCGCUUAAUCAAACCGUAAAUACAACAGUCUCUUCUUUUCUUAAACGCGUGAAUAACAAUACAGUCCAGUAGCUUAUGUAAAUACCGAAUUUUAUUUUCCACAACUCUCACUUACAACGCGCUCUUUAUGGUAAAAACGGUUUACUUCUUGUAACCGCAGCUGCGCCUGCGACCUCGUGCCCUCUCGAACUUACGUCCCUUGGAACGUACGAGCGGCUUGGUGUGAGAGUGCGGUACACCCGGAGCUGGUCCGAAGUGUUUGACGGCUUCACGGCCCUUGCG